AAGCAAGUGCACCAGCCACUGGAGCAAAGGUUCACCUGAGCUAUUGCAGCUCACUGCACAAGAUCAGCUAUGCUUAGAGGCUUUAGCAGUCAGUAUAUGGUCACUCUGACUGUACUUCUUCUUACCCUGACAAGCAGCCUGGGCAGUGCUCAAGAUGACAUUUCUCUACCAGGGUGGAAGAGUAAUGCAGAAUAUGUUACACAGUGUCUAAAUAAUGGACAACCGGGGGCUCUGUGUGACAUGACAGUGGUCCAGCAGGGAAAAGUGACUAAUUUGAACAUAGGGCCUCUUUCACUGAAUGGUGAGGCCUGUCUUGAGUUCUGGUACUUGUCCCCUGUCCUGCCAAACCUCUUCAGGCUCACAGUGUACUUCAGAGGCAGUAACGGUUUACAGAAGAUUUGGUCAACAACAGCCCAGUCCAGGAGUGGAGACAUGAUAUGGACUCAAGUCUUUGUACCACUCAGCAAUGUUAGACCUGGGACUCAGGUGGUAUUCAGAACAAUUCGUCCAAUGUCUCGAGGGGAGCAGGUCAUAGUAAAUCGUAUUGGUAUUAGGAAAGGCCCAUGUGGAGCCCAGUGUGAAGCCAGCACACAUCUGUGGCCUGACCAGUCCACACGCUGCCUCUGCUCUGAGGGCCAGCUCUCCUGCUCUCAUGCUCCCAGCUCAGGGAUGUGCACUGUGCACAGUCACACAGACUGCAGCACUUUCGACGGAGCGCUCUUCCGCUUCAUGGCCCCGUGCAGCUACACUCUGGCUAAGUCCUGCUCUGUGACUCCAGGCUCACCCCACUUCAGCGUGGAAGUGGUCAACAGGCAGAGUGACAACUCCUCUCUGCCAAGUGUGGAGCAGGUCAACGUGAACAUCAAUGACUUUAGGAUGUCCUUCAUCAAAAGGCAAACAAAAAGAGUGGUGGUGAAUGGAGUCUGGAGGACACUUCCCCUGACACUGAACGGUGGCAUAGUGACGGUCAGCAGUAACCCUGCAGCUGUGGUCCUGAAAAUCAGCUUUGGCCUCUCUGUGUCGUUUGACUACACCGGAGCUCUCCAUGUCACCCUCCCAACCAGCUACUCUGAUCAAGUCUGCGGCCUGUGUGGGAACUUCAACCACAACAAGUGGGACGACCUCCAGAGGCCCGAUGGCACAGAGGCCCAAAACACCACUGAUCUGGUUGACAGCUGGCAGACAGGGGGGAACGCCUCAGCCUGUGAAGUCAUUCAGGUACCACAUUACUGUGACCCACUAGAAGAGGCGGAGUAUGCCAGUGAAGCCUAUUGUGGAGCUCUGGGCUCACACACUGGGCCCUUUGCAGCAUGCCAGGAGGUGUUAGGGGCCGACAGCUACUUCAGAGGCUGUGUGCACAGUAUGUGUUCUUCUCACGGAGACCCAGAAGUGCUCUGCGAUUCACUCCAGGUGUACGCCGAUGUGUGCAAAAGGGCUGGAGUCAACCUGCCAAUGUGGAGGAACUCUUCAUUUUGCUCCCUUCAGUGUGUGGAGAACAGCCACUACAACUCCUGUGCUGAGGGCUGUCCUGAGGUCUGCUCACCUUUGGACCAGGUCUUGUCCUGUGGCAGCUGUGUGGAGAGAUGUGAGUGUGAUCCAGGCUUCAAGCUGAGCGGAGGCAAGUGUGUCCAAGCAGAAGACUGUGGAUGCUGGCGUAAUGGACAACACCAUGAGAAAGGGGCAAUAUUCAUGGAAGGAGAGUGUGAUCAGCAGUGCCUGUGUGUCGGCAACAAUAACAUACAGUGCAGAUCCUCGCAUUGCUCUGCCAGUGAGGUCUGCAGUGUUCAAAAUGGGGUUAAGGGAUGCUUCACCUUCAGUCCGGCCACUUGCAGUGUUUACGGAGAUCCACAUUACAUCACUUUUGAUGGCUUUGCGUAUGACUUCAAUGGGGGCUGCAGUUAUGUGCUAACCACCACCUGCGGAGGCCAGAGCUCGGUGGAGUUCACAGUCAUAGGGCACAAUAUGCACCCACCUCACAACAACUUCAGUAACUCCAAACUGGAGGCAGUCACUCUUGAGGUUGGGGACCUUCAGAUUACCAUCAACCAAAGCGGCUAUGUCCAUAACCACAACAGCCCCGUGCUACUGCCCUAUUUCACCAGUGGGACAUAUGGCCAGGUCAGAACCUAUGAGGACUCUGGAUACACUGUUCUGGAAACGACCUUUGGCCUGAGAAUGAUGAUGGAUAGAAAAAACAGACUGUUCCUGCAGGUGAAUGAGCACUACAAAUAUGAGCUGUGUGGACUGUGUGGCACUUACUCUGGCCGGCAGGACGAUGAUCUAGUGAUGCCUGGAGGGCAAAAUGCAACCAAUGCAUUUCAGUUUGCAGAUAGCUGGAGGGUUGAAGACAGCAACUGGUGUGUUUCUCAUCCAAAUGAACCCAGACAGUGUAAUUCACUUGAGUUGGAGCAGGCUUACAAUCACUGCUAUGUUCUGCUGAGAGAGGACUUCAGCUUAUGCCAUGAAACUAUCCACCCAGAGAUCUACAUCACCAGCUGUGUGCAUGACUACUGUGCCGAAAAUGGUAACUUCAUCACACUGUGUGAGGCUUUCAAGUCCUACGCUGCAGCCUGCGCUGUGGCUGGAGUGGAUCUGGGCCACUGGCAAGGAGGUACCAUUUGUGCUAUCUUACAAAGCACUGUUAGCCCUAUGACUACGUCCACGGCAUCUCCAGCACCAGACCAGUCAUUGUGUCCUCUGAACUGUGACUUUGAAAACAAUCUGUGUGGAUGGGAGCAGCUAGUACAGGACAGUUUUGACUGGACAAGGCAUUCAGGCGCCACACCAUCAAGCCAAACAGGACCAAGCAAUGACCACACCAAUGGAGUUGGCUUCUACAUGUACAUUGAGGGAGACAGCGUAACCCAUGGUGACUCCGCACGCAUGUUGAGUUCCCUGUGCCAGUAUGAACGGCCCAUGUGUCUGCGUUUCUGGUAUCACAUGUUUGGGUCAGCCACAGCUAUGGCUCUCAAUAUCUAUUUGCUCGAAGGCAAUAGAGCAACAAAGAUAUGGUCCAAGCAGAAUAACCAUGGUUCUGAAUGGAAACCAGGAUAUGUGGACAUCACUACCUCUGGGCCAUAUAAGAUAAUCUUAGAAGGAAUUCGAGGCUCUACUGUAGAAUCAGAUGUGGCUAUUGACGACAUCUCUAUUCACUUUGGCUCAUGUUCAGAUAGCUUCCCUGAUCUGGCUAGUGGAACCAAACCUCCUCAAACAACAAUACAACCAAUUCUUCCACAAGUCUGUAAUCUUGGCUGUAACUUUGACCAAAGCCUUUGCAACUGGAAUCAGAUGAUGACUGAUGCUUUUGACUGGACUUGGCUCAGUGGCUCAACACCAACUCUGAUGACUGGGCCUUCUGCUGACCACACUGGUGGUGGUCACUACCUUUACAUUGAGGCCAGCAGUGUGACGUAUGGAGACACAGCUCGUCUGAUCAGUUCAGAGUGCUCCAACUCUGGAGCCCAGUGUCUACAGUUCUGGUAUCACAUGUACGGGUCUGCAGACACUAUGGGUCUCCAUGUUUAUGUCGUCGAGGGCACGACUGGUCGCUUGGUUUGGCGCCAAAGAAAUGACCAAGGAAAUAUGUGGCACUUGGCACAAGUUGACCUCACAACAACAGGACCAUUUCAGAUCAUUUUUGAGGGAAGAAGAGGAUCUAAUGAUCAGUCAGAUGUGGCAUUAGAUGAUGUAUCACUUUAUUAUGGACCAUGUUCAGAUAUGAAUAAACCAGCAACAAGUAGGCCUGCCACUUCUGCUGCUCACAUUUCAACCACAUCUAAACCUCAAACAACAGCAGGACAAGAACCUGCCACCACGCAGGAACAGACAGCAUCAAGUGAUGGACCACAGUCACCAACCACAGACCAAACCGUAGAAGUAACAACCGCACCCGAACCUACCACUGAGGCUGAACCCGAAGCAGAGAUAACAACUGAUGGGUCACAACCAACUACUUCAGGAGCCUUACAGACAACACCAGUAGAGCCUGUAGAACCAACCAGGCCAACUGAAGGAAAAACAACCAAAGGACCUCAACAGCCAACAAACAAUUUUACAGGCCAAACAACACAGGACACAGCUCAUCUACACACAACACUAGCAGGAGACCAGUCAACUGUUGGUGCAGGUAACACAGAACAGCCAACACCAUCGCAAGGACCACACCACACAACUCUAGAAGAACCAGAGACAGCACCAACACAGGCUGCAACAAUAGGUCAAACAAUACAACCAACUAGGCCAGCAGAAGGGCUGACCACAGCUAACCAGGAAACAUCAGCAACUUCUAAGAGACCACAGCAAACAUCAGCAGGUACAAAUGAAGGUUCAAAUGUUACAUCACCACCACAAACGACUGCAGCAAGACCGGAGACAGGUGCAUCCACUGAAAGACCACAACCUCCAACUGAAGUGAUACCCCAAGCCUGCAGUCUCAACUGUAACUUCGACCAAAGCCUUUGCAACUGGAAUCAGAUGGUGACUGAUGCUUUUGACUGGACUUGGCACAGUGGCGCAACACCUACUCUGAUGACUGGGCCUUCUGCAGACCACACCGGAGGUGGUCACUACCUUUACAUUGAGGCCAGCAGUGUGACAUAUGGAGACACAGCUCGUCUGAUCAGUUCAGAGUGCUUCAACUCUGGAGACCAGUGUCUACAAUUCUGGUAUCACAUGUACGGAUCUGCAGACACUAUGGGCCUUCACGUCUAUGUGGUUGAGGGCACAAUCGCUCACUCAGUUUGGCGUCAAAGAAAUGACCAAGGAAAUAUGUGGCACUUCACACAAGUCGACCUAACAACAACAGGACCAUUUCAGAUUAUUUUUGAGGGGAGAAGAGGAUCUAAUGAUCAGUCUGAUGUCGCAAUAGAUGAUGUGUCACUUCAUUACGGACCAUGCUUGAAUAGACCCACAACCGCUGCACCAAUCACAACUUCACAAGUUGUUACAACAGCUCUUGGAACUUCAGAACCAGCAGAGACUCCUGCUCCACCUCCUCCUCCCACAGACAGUUCCACAGCAGCCCCUCCCACUCCUACUACAACUGCACCCCAUACAACUACAGGAGCCCAAACAACAACUGUUCCUACACAGACUACUACAACACUGAGCCCACCUCCUCCUCCAACAACUACAGCCAACCCUCUUCCUCCAGAAACUCCCGGUCCAACAGCCCCUCCCACUCCAACUACAACUGCACCCCAUACAACUACAGGAGCCCAACCAACAACUGCUCCUACACAGACCACUACAACAGUGAGCUUACCUCCUCCAACAACUACAGCCUCCCCUCUUCCUCCAGAAACUCCCAGUCCAACUCCCUCAUGUCCACGCAACAGUCACUACAGCUCUUGUGUUUCGGCUUGUGCACCCACCUGCUCUCACCUGUACGGCUCCCCUGGCUGCAGUGAAAGUGAUUGCGUACCGGGAUGUGUUUGUGAUGAUGGUUAUGUGCUAGAAAGGAGAAAGUGUGUGCCCAUCCAAGAAUGUGGUUGUAUAGAUCUCAAUGGAAAGAAAUAUAACUUUGGUGAUGUCUGGUAUUUGAGCCACUGCAGCGAAAAAUGCAAAUGUGAAAAACGUAGAGGUGUGGGAAGAAUCGAAUGUGAAGAGCAAGAAGAAUGUGAUGGAAAAGCUGUUUGUCUUCAGAAUAGCAAUGGGGAAUAUUUUUGUGAGAAAACAGAUUUCAGUGACUGCACAAUCAACGGAGACCCUGAGUACAGAACUUUUGACAACAAGAAGCACGACUUUGAGGGCGAGCACUCAUACAUGUUAGUGCAGACCAACAAUUUACCUAUUAAUCUUCAGAGUGUUUACAUAGAAGGCAUCAAUGGACACUCAGAAGAUGACGAAGACAGCAGUGAAGAAAGGCACAGUCGUCAAGCUCGAGAUGAUAGUGAUGAAGAUGAUGAUGAUAGUGAUGAGGACAGUGAUGAAGAUAAAGAGGAUGUACUGAGAGCACUGAAGAUCAGAGUGUACAAUCACACUGUGGUGUUCAAGCCACACAGGAAGCUUGUUGUGGAUGGAAGCAGAGUUGACACCCCACUCUCACCAUCUGCUGGUCUAAAAAUUAAAGAGCAUUCGUCACGCAUUUACUUGCAAACUGACUUUGGCCUUUCAGUUGAGUUUGAUGGUCACAGCAAAGCAGAAAUCAUUCUACCCCAUGUGUAUAAACGGAAGGUUGGAGGGCUUUGUGGCAACUUUGAUGGUCACAAACACAAUGACUUUAUGAAGCCAGAUGGAACACAGGCUACAAAUGUGCAGGACUUUGGAGAGAGCUGGAGAGUAUGAAUUGCAGCAAUUUUGCACUUAAUGUUUAACAAUACUGGUUGAAAUGAAACCUUACAUAUAUUAUUAUUACUACAUACAGUAUGUCUGUGUGACACAAAGGUUUUAAGACUAUAGAUGAACCUGUGUCAUCAUUCACUAUGUAUGUAUAUAUGUAUGCAUGUAUUAAAUGUGUUGCAAUGUACAGUGUUGUACUUAAUUAUAAGGGGUUGUGCAAAAAGGAUCAGGCAAUAUAUUUAAAAAUAAAAGUUAUUUUUAACAGA